GUGAGUAAAAGUGUAAAGACAGUCUAGUCUAAUACGCGUAGGAACCAACCAUCCAUCCUCAAGUCCACGUAUCCGAAUUGAAAACUUGAAUACGAAUUAAACAUGAAGAAGCUGAGAUUAAUUACAUUUGAUGCAUUUGGUACAUUAUUACAAUUAGCAAAACCUGUACCGUUUGUUUAUUACGAAACAGCCCAGAAAUAUGGAAUAUCAGCAACUCUAGCAGAAAUAAAGAAGAACAGUGAUCGUGCUCUUAAAGAAUUAAGUAAAACACCGAAGAGCAGUGGAUUGAAAAGUGAUCGAAGUCCUCGUGAACGAUGGUUUGAGAUUAUUGAAAAGUCAUUUCCUUGUCCAAUUCCAAACAAAAUGGCCGAGGAUUUAUGGAAUCAUUACUCUACAAAAUCAGCGUAUCAUAUUCACCCACUCUUUGAGGGAUUUCUGAGAAGUAAUGCUCAUAAAAAAGAGUAUUCUAUUGGAAUUAUUUCAAACACGGACGACCGCAUUUACUCAGUGCUCAGAAGCUGUGGAGUUGCUGAUUUUAUUGACGUUUAUGCCUUUUCCUACGACAUUGGAUAUCAGAAACCCGAGAAAGGCAUAUUUGAAUAUGUUCGCAAUAAGACCGGUGAAUUGACUGGUGUAUGUCCAGCUUCAAAGGAAUGUCUUCACUUUGGAGAUGAUUUAAUAAAGGAUGUUGAAGCUGCUAGAAAUAUAGGAUGGCAUGCAGAGUACUGCGACAUUCAUACGAAUUUUCCCAAGGUCAUCCAAGAAUUAGAAAACUCCUUGGGAUCCCAAGAGUAACACUUUUAUGAAAUGAAGGAUCUACAUUCGUAUUUAACUAGUUAGAAUGCAAUCAAUAAUGAACUAAGUCAAUUUUCUACAUAAUUAGAACUUAAUAAGCUUUUACAUGAAAUUGUCUUUUUCAAUGGUAUGUUGCUUUGAAUCUCAUGCACGAAC